UCACAACCUACUGUGGAUCAUCCCAUCAUCGUCUUGUAGCUUUUUUAGCGGUUAGCAAGCCGAUAAUGUUAAUACUAAAACAAUAGUGCUGUGAUGUUUUCGUAAAAUGUCCUUAAUAUCUCGUCAAACACAACAAUAAAACGCACCUGCCAUUGGUCAUUCCGCUGUUGACGAAUCCUCUAACCCAGUGAUGAUGAAGGGAAACCCACCUCCCUCUGCAACGAGGAGAUGACCUGCCACCUCUUCUGGAAUGGUCAGAAUGGGGCCAGAUGUGCCCCUUCUUAAUGAGUACAAACAGGAAUUCUUCUGGAAGCGCUUUCCCCAGACGGUGUUGGGAGGUCCACGAUUCAAGUUGGGCUACUGUGCCCCACCGUAUGUGUAUGUAAACCAGGCGGUUUUGUUCUUGACUCCAUGGCUUUUCGGAGGAAUUGGCACUCUGCUCUGCCAACUGCAGCUGCUUCAGGAGCUCCAUGCCGCCGUGCUUUCUGGUAUGCUGAUGUUCACAGCUGCAGCAGGUGUCCAGGCCCUAGCAUUUUAUGCUGCUCGGAAGAGCGGCACUGUGGAGAGACUUGGCGCACCCAACAUCCUGGUUGAUGAAGAGGAAGUGGAGUUUACCAACUGUGUUAGCCCAGAGACACUUAGAUUUAUCGCUCCUGGGAAAAGGUUCGGUCUUAAUGUUGUGCUGCAUACAAUAAUAUCUGGAGUUCUCUGUGGCUUUGGGACCUGGUAUGUGUUCCUGGGCAGGCUGACAUCUCUCUAUGGCAGCAUUGGUGUCUCUCUUGUAGUUUUUGUCCUUAGCUGGGUGACCUUGUGUAUAGCUGAAUACUCCCUCAUUGUAAAUACAGCUACAGAAACCGCUACUUUCCAGGCACAGGACACUUACGAGAUCACCCCACUUACUCGUCCUCUCUACAUUUUCAUUUUCAUUGCUGUGGAUUUGGCUGAUCGGUUUUCAAACCCUGUACCUGAGCUCCAGCUCGCCUGCCAGACCCUCCAUGUACUCUUCCUCUUCCUACCUCUGCUAUGGGCCUUAGGUGCGCUGCCACCCCUGGACGCCCUGCUUUUCUGGGGCAUGGAGCAGAUUCUUGUGUUUGGCAUGGGAGGCUCCCCUAUGUCUAGCAACGUCAGACUGCUCUUGAUGUUUGCUGUAUCCACCGGGAUAACUGUAUGUAAUUACUUCAUCCCGUCAGCGCUGGGUGUGGUUCUCUUCUCCGUCACUACAGGAUUUCUGCUGAGCCUGGACCUCAGCCAAGUUGGCUUUCUCAGCAAAAGUCCCAGAGAAGCCUUCAGGGUCCAUGGAUUGCAUGACGGAGGGUUGCCACCUUUUGUUCCCACUUCUUUUGGCUGGAAUUUAGGCUGCAGGGAGAUAGCGCUAUAUGUGACUCUGCUGCUGGUGGCGACAGCCGAGGCAGGACUGUUGCAUCAAUUCUUUGGUUCAACUCAAUCACAGAACCUAGUUUCUGGACACCAAAGUCAUGUCAGCUACCUCCUCCUCAUACUCUUCUUCCUCUGCUGGGCUCUAAGAGAGAUGCAGGGGGCAUAUGUGUGUGGAGGGAUGUUCCUGAAUCCCCUUUACCCCAAAGGCAUGUCUAAUGUUCAAACAUUUAAGGAGAAGAACAGAGGGUUGUACCUAGCUGCUGCAAUCAGAAGAGCCCUUCUUUAUUUUGUGUCUCCAUUUGCAAUGAUUGCAUUUCUGUCCAUGGACAAGUCUCUACUGUCACUGCACACAGUCUCCAUCAGCGUGGGACUCACACGAGCAUUUAGAGUGGUGUGGCAGAGCUCGGAGGACGCCUUGCUGCAGAUGGUGGUGGUGGUCUUAGGGCGCCUUGCUGCUGGGGGCCAUCUGCUGCCAGGGUGGGACAGUUUAGGAACUGGAGUUCAGCUUCUUCUGGUGGGCCUCCUGAUCGACAGACUGAGCCAGUUUCUGGCCAAACUGAAGUUCACCCUCACUGUGUUGGUGACCUCUUGGACAGAGAAGAAGCAACGUCGCCAGUCAGCUGGAACUCUCCUGGCUCUGAACACAUCUCUGUGGCCACUGGUGCUGGCAGUGGUGACCCUCUCUGCCUUGCUUUCUGCUCCUUUGCUGCCCCUCUUCACGCUCCCCAUCUUCCUCGUGGGAUUUCCCAGGCCUCAGCGGAGUUGGCCCGGCCCAGUGGGCACCGCCUGUCCCUGUCCGGACUCGAUCUUCUACCAGCAAAUGAGCGGAAGUCUGGCCUCAGCUUUGAGGACAGCUUUUUCCAGAGGAUCACUUGGUUCUUUAGCUCCUGGCUCUCAUUUUCUUGGACGCUUUCAGGACCGUAUGGUUUGGAUAAUGAUCCUGGAGAGAGGAUAUGGCUACUGUACUGUCAACAUUAAGGGUCUGGAGCUGCAAGAGACAUCUUGCCACACUGUGGAGGCACGGAGGGUAGAUGAAGUUUUCGAGGCUGCUUUUGAGCGACCCGAGCGUCUCGGCUUCACCCAGGGCUUUAACCUGCACUGGGGUAACGCCCUCACUCCUUGUGCUGCACUUGCGGUGCGAGCGUACUCCGAUGCCCGGAACGUGCUCUCUGGUAUCAUUGACUCUCAUGAAAACUUGAGGAAACUUCAGGAUGACUUCAUGAAAGCCCUGAUCUGGCUGCUCCUGCGGUACUGUGUGCAGAAACAUCGAGGAUUUCUGUGGCGCGGUGAGGAGGUGUCCGCGAGUGGAGGCACAAAGUCCCAGUCUUCACAGUUCGCUCAGACAACCUGCAAUCAGCCAUUUGAGGCUGUUGUGGUCGAAUCCAACCUGUCUUCUUUCAGGUUCCGACAGGAAAGCUCUAGUGGGACUUCUUUUGGAGACUGGUCAGAUGAGGAUGACUUGUUUGGACCACAACCCCCCAGACGGACAGUGGCAUUAGUCACCGCAGAGGCCCAACCUGGACACUCGGCCCUGCAGAUAGGAGCCUCUUUGCCUGGCUCUGUAGAAAUGGAUAGUCUUUUUGAAAACAUGGCUCUUUCUGCCCUGCAGCCACUGCAGCCCCUGGGACUCAGCAUUGGGAUGCCAGCAGUAGAUAAAAGCCGAAACACGGAGGUCCUCAAAGAGAGUUCUCAUUUAAACUUCAGCUGUCCUCAGUCUGAGAUAUUUAGCCUUCCAUCAGGGUGGAGGACAGCACCGUUACUGCCAUCUCGCUUGCUGUCUCUUAGGCCCCUGUUUCCUGAGCAAUGGUUUCGGUUUACCUUGGGACGCUUUGGACUGGCUGUGCAGGAGGAGACUUCGGCGGACAUGACCAAAGCCCUGAAAGAGGAUGAGGUUUUAAAAGAACUACAUGCUAAAGUUGCACUUUCUUGUCUCAUCUUGGUGGGGGCGGAGUCUGCCUUCACCAGCCCUAGUUACAUUUACAGACUCUACUGUGGAGAUGUACCGUGGACCGAAGGACUCGACUGGCUGUCCUCACGUAAAGAACUCUACCAGCUCACACUUCAGGCAUUCAGGUUUAGUUUCAAGCUGCUGUUUGAUCAGGCGAGCCUCGGGCCGAUGGAAUCCCCUGAGGAGUUGUUCAGCACUUUAGAAGAAUAUGAAAGGGACUGGUACAUCGGCCUGGUUACAGAGAAAGGCUGGCAUGACGGUGUCCUUCAGGAGAAGCCUUUCCUUUUCUCUCUGGGGCAUGAUCUCACUAUGGGUACCUACACAGGACGAGUCCUGUCCCUGCAGGAGCAGCUGAUACAGGUGGGCCGUCUGAACGGAGAGGGGGUUCGAGGCCAGUGGGCAAACCUUUCGUGGGAGCUGUUGUAUGCGACUAAUGAUGACGAGGAGCGGUACAGCAUACAAGCUCACCCCUUUAUGCUUAGAAAUCUAACUGUUCAGGCAGCCGAUCCUCCUCUAGGUUACCCAAUUUACUCAUCUGCCCCUCUUCACUUUCCCUGUCUCUGACCCGCCACAGUUCUUAGUUAAGAGGGGAACCCCUUUUUUUAACAUUCAUUAAUAGUCUGAAGAAACCUCCACCUGCGCUUGAGCUUUACUCUCUAAACUGUUGACUCACGAAAACCCACUUUUUACACACUUUUCAGAAUUUUAUCUACUUCAGCUCCUAAUGUGGUCGACGUCUUUAAACAGAACGUGAUGAAUUAGCUGGUCUGUAAACCAGGAAACCAAAACGAGUUAACCUAAAUUAAACCCAACAAAUCCAUUUCCUGCUCUACUUUUUAGGUUUCACACUCCUCAAAUUUUAAUUUCUAUGUCCAGAUAAAGGUACAAGAUGCUGAAUGUUUUGUUACGAUAUCAAGGAUGUGCCUUGAGUAUGUCUUGCUCUGUGUACGAUGUUUAGUGCUAUUGUUUUGUUUACAACUCUGUGGUUUACAGUUAAAAAUUCAAUGAAUAUGUUGUUUCUUGUAUAAAAUGUUCAUUUUUAUAUGUGUGCUUGUAAUAAAAUAUGUUGACAAUAACAACUUUACCAUUUUUAACUAAAUGGACAGAAAAUUGAUCCAAACUAAAUUUUAUUGUUCAAGCAAAAGAUCAGUACAAAUGCAUCAUUCUUACAGCCGUUAGUCUUUGCAAGCAUUCAAAUUCAGUGUCAGAUGUUAAUUCUUUGAAUUGUAAAGACAUGGAUAGACAGAAGUUUUCAAACUUACUCUAAAAAUCAGAAAACAUUCACAGUUAGGAAUGCAGUGAGAUCCCUGUUCAGGAGGUCUUUGGUUUAGUGAAGUACGCAGAGUCUGCAUCCUGCAACAGAAAAGGCUGGUUGUCAGCUCUGGCUUGAUGUUACGGAAAACCAAAUCAUUUUUAUUCAAGGAUGAAACGUGAAUGAGAGAUUUUUUAAUCUUGAAUAACUGUGUGGUGACCCCUGACAUUGCUUUCACUACAGAGGCCUAAAUGUUAAGAAAUACUGUUUAUUUGGUAAGACUUAUUUCAUUCCCCCCCUUUGUGAAGCACGUGAGGCCCGUUUUUGACUGGUAGGAAGGAACAGCACCUUCCAACAUGGCCCCCAGCUGUCCCUGUCCAGCAGAGGCCACUUGGUGUAGUUAUCAGUCCAGUCACACAUUGAGAGUGCAGCUUCGGUUUUUCUUAAUCAUUGCAGGCAAAGAUGCACUUACCAGACCAGCUUUAAAGUUUUGUACCCUUUUCCUGCCCAUCAUGUUUGUGAUGGCCCAGGCAAACGUGGGUGCAUACUGCCAGGCGUAGUACAUGGAGAGGAAGGGCUGCUGAGCGAUCCACAUUUCCUUAACGCCAUUGGCAAUUCCCACCAGCAUUAAAUGCACGCAGCGACUUGUGGGCAUCUUGUGCUCUUGGCUCCCAGCUAAGGCCACAGGCUUUUAAGAGAAAGCCGAAAACCGAAGUAGCUAAUUAGACAUAUAAAUUGAGGAAAUGAAAAAAAAAAAAGUACAAUGCAUUACCUUACUCAGUUCCUCUGUGAAUGCAUUACUGACGAUCUGUGACUGCACUGGCCCUGGACAUACCGUGCUGAUGAGUAUUUUUGGAAAGUCUGUCAGCUCCGUUCGAAGGGAAUUGAAGAAACCCUGAAGAUACAUUUACACUCAGCAACAUAAAGUCUGCAAAAUCUAUCUCUAAAAGACACUUCAGAAUAAAUUAAAAUAAAACAUCUUAGUUUAUCAACAUUUAUAAAUCGAUAUAAAAAAUAAAAAUCAAUUCACCUGAAGAGCAUGCUUGCUUGCCGAGUAUCCUGUUGAAAGAGGCGCCCCAGCGAGGCCGACUAUACUGCUGACGGUCACAACACUCCCUCGGCCCCUCUGUGUCAUAUGAGGCAGGACCUGCUUGGUAAUGGAGACUGUACCAAGAAAGUUGAGCUCCAUCAAGGCCCUGUACACCUCAACACUGGUCUCCAAGAAAAGAGAGCGCUGGCUUCGGCCACCGUUGUUAAUUAGAACAUCAAUCUGAUAAAAAUAAAGAGGAAAAUUUAUGAAUUUUACAUUUUUUCCUUUCAAUUUUUUCACAUUUCUUUAGAAAAUGUUGUACAACUAGUUUCUUCUUAAACAUAAUUUUGUCUUAAAUGGAACAAAUAGCGUAGCCCUACAUGCCCGAAAUGCUGAAUCACAGUUUUUGUUUUGUGCUCAUGUGAUGUCGUCUCCAACAGAUCAAGUGGCAGAACAAGGAUAUCCUCGUCCUUGAGGCUGGAGUUUUCU